CAGAUCUGAAUGGCUGUUUUCUCUCUCGGUCUCAGUAUGUCUGCAGGUCUGUUAUCAGUCUUGUGUGUGCUGUCUGUCUGCUCAGCCUGUUACAUCUCUAACUGCCCCAUCGGAGGAAAAAGAGCCCUUCAGGAUUUCCCCGCUCGACAGUGUAUGUCCUGUGGUCCUGAUGAUCGCGGUCGGUGUUUUGGUCCCAGUAUCUGCUGUGGUGAAGGCAUGGGCUGUUUGAUGGGCUCUCCAGAGACCCUUCACUGUCUGGAGGAAGACUUCUUACCUUCUCCAUGUGAGGUGGGAGGAAAAGCGUGCGGUUACGAGGGACGCUGCGCUGCUCCAGGAGUCUGCUGUGACUCAGACGGCUGUAGUUUGGAUCAGUCUUGUGCGUACAUCGACGGUGACGGUACGGCCGCCGGACACCAAGACCUCCUACUGAAACUCCUGCGCCUGUCAAACCACGCCCACCCCUACAGACCCCACCAAUGACGUCAUGCAGAAAGAUUCUUCAACACCGUCCACCUUUCGUAAAUGAACUUUGUAUUGCCAGUAGAUGAUGUAUUUGGCUACAACACACACAGUAAUAUGAUGAUUGUACAUGUGUGCAAAUACAGUAUUAAAGUCUGACAGGAUU